GCGUGCGAUUAGAGAGCAUCGGUUGCGGGUCAUGGCGCAGCGGACGCCACGAGCCGUCAGCACGAGCAUCGCAUGGAGCGAUGGGGCUCGGCGCUUGCACCGCGCCAACUCGAUGAGCCCCGUGCGCGCGCCUACGUAUCUGCAGCAGGCGUCGCCGCUUGGGUCGCUCACGUCGCGCCGCGACGGCGACCAGCGCCGGGCAACCCAAGCUGGCUUGAGCCUCCUCGGGCUAGCCUUUGACGGCGUCGACGCUGCUUCGCAAGCGCCACUGUCGCCCACGUCGUCGAUCGGUAGCUACGACCAUGGCGUCGAAGGCCUCGACCCGCACCUCUUCCUCGAAGGCGUCAAGGAACACGCGCGCUACCUCGGGAUGGACCCGGACUUUGACGCGGACUUUCUCUGGAUCGCGAAAGAGUCGCUCGUCGCGCCCGUGCCAAUAGGCUGGCACCAGGUCAUGACGUCCGAGGGCGCGCCGUACUACUACAACGACCACACUGGCGAGAGCCGCUGGGAACAUCCCUCGGACCGAGAUUACAUCUCGCUCUUUCAGGAGAUUCGCCGGCGGCAGCACAGCGGCGAGCCCGUUGACGUGGUCGCGCUCAAGCACCAGAUGCUCGCGCCGCCGCCGGACGAAGCCGCGUGGCCGUACGCGAGCCAGUCGAGCUGGGGCUACGACGCGCAGUCACCGACGAGCUCCCACGCCAACCUCGAGUACGACUAUUCCGAGAGCGAGAUGGAGCUGGAGGAGGUGCCACUCCAGCGCAAGAAGAGCAGUGUGGCGCUGCCGUCGCCCGACGAGCACCGCGACCUCCUCGAGAAGCUCCACGCUGAGAUAUACGCACUCAAGGCAACGAUCGCCCAGAAGGACGCCGAUCUCGCAGCUGCUCAAGCACGGGCAGAUGGGCUAGUGUCCACGCAAGAAACGGCCGCGGCUGCCCUGGCGGCGGCGACGGCGCGCGAAGCGCAGCUCGUUGAGUCCUCGGGCGCCAACCAAGCUGCUGUCGCCGACUUGGACGAAGCGCUGCGCGCCGCCAAGCAGCAGAUUGUUGUGGCCACAGCGGAGCUCGAGCUGAGCAAGUCCAAGGUCGCACAGGAGAACCAAGAGCUCCGGCAGCAAGUGACAACGCUAAGUAUGCGCGUGAAGGAGCUCGAGGCGGGCAGCGACCACAAGGACGAGCUCAAGCGGUACGAACGAAAGCUGGCCAAUCUAACGGAUGCCCGGGAUGCGCUGCAGCAAGAGCUGGAUGCGCUCACGGCGUCGACGACCGCAGAGAUUCAGUCGCUCAAGGAGGCGGCGGCCACACACGUGCAACAGCAAUCGUCGGCGCUGGCCGAUGCGAGCACGGCGACGCUGGCCGCGCACGAGGCCAAGGUCCAAGCCCUCAAGCUUGAGCACCAAACCGCCUUGGCCACGGCCAACGCGGCCAUUGCGACCGAGAAGGCCAACGUGACACAGCUGCUUGGUGUUCUCGAGUCGGAGAAGAAGUCGUCGACGGCUGCCCUUCAAGCCGCCGAAGCCAAAGCGACCGAAAGCGCCAAGGAGGUUCAGAUGCUUCAGGCCCAUGUAACCAAGUACAAAACCAAAGGCAAACAGCUCGAAGCCGCCAUGGCGGCCAGUGAAGCCCAGAUGAAGACUCUGACGGACGACCUCGCUGCGUCGCAGUCGUCGCUCGACACCAAGCUGUCGGCGGCCAAACAAGCGGGCGCCGACGAAGCAGCGCGCACUGCAGCAGUGCAGGUGCUAGCGGCGCUCGCAGAGAAGGACCAGCUCGCGCUCUUGUACGCGCAAGAGAUGAAAGCGCGCCGACAGCUGCACAACAAAGUCAUGGAACUCGGCGGCAACAUCCGAGUGUUUUGCCGAGUCCGACCCAUCCAGCCCGUCGAGCUGCAGAGCGACGCGGCGUCCGAAGCCGUGUUCUUUCGCUCGAACGACACGCAAGCGCUCGACUUGGUCGUCGGCGAGGGCCAAAAGCACCUUUUUGAGUUUGACCACGUGUUCACGCCGUCGAGUUCGCAGACCGACGUCUUUGAACAAACCAAAGCGCUUGUUGUGAGCGCCAUGGACGGCUUCAAUGUCUGCAUCUUUGCGUACGGCCAGACCGGGUCGGGCAAGACGCACACGAUGGAAGGACCCGACGCAGACCGCGGGGUGAACUUUCGUGCCAUGGAAGAGCUUUUCCGCGUCCGCGACGACCGGCUUCGCGCUGGCACAAUGGAAUGCGACAUGAAGCUGAGCAUCCUCGAGGUCUACAACGAGACGAUUGUGGAUCUCUUGGACGACACGUCGACGGGCGACGAGCGCAAGGCGCUCGAAGUGCGCAUGGGCAAGCACGGCGCGUUCGUCGAUAACCUCAUGGAGGUUGAAGUGGCGUCGACGCGGGAUGUCGAGGACCUCAUGCGACUCGGGCACUCGCACCGGAGUGUGGGCAGCCACGACUUUAACGAACAUAGCAGUCGGUCGCACCUUGUGCUCUCAAUCACGAUCACGAGCGUUCAAAAAGCCGACGGGAAGCGCGCGAUCUCCAAGCUGCACCUGAUUGACCUCGCGGGCUCGGAGCGCAUCAGCAAGACAGCGGCGAGUGGCCAGCGCUUGAAGGAAGCCCAGCACAUUAACCGAUCGCUCUCGUCGCUCGGCGAUGUCAUUGCGGCGCUUGGCAGCCAUAGCAAGCACGUGCCGUACCGCAACUCGAAGCUCACGUUUUUGCUCCAAGAAUCUCUGAGUGGCAACUCCAAGGUGCUCAUGUUUGUCAACGUGAGUCCCGUGGCCUGGAACGCGUGGGAGUCGCUUUGCUCGCUCAACUUUGCGCAGCGCUGCCGCAGCGUUGCGCUCAAAGGCCCUCCGACGCAGUCGCCGGCCAAAGCUCCGCACAAGGCGCCUGGCAGCAGCACGGAGAAGACGCGCGCCACCUAGUCUGACAUGAAGGAGAACCAAGGGGUGUGGCAAAACUGCACAAGUUGGUAUAAAAGGCUAGAAUACAAAACUACCAAGCGACGCUUCGACCGCAUCACAACCCACG